AUUGAUUGGAAAUUUCUUAUCUAAUUCAUCUUCUUAUUGGGAGCAUUAAUCCUAAUUGGAUCAACACAAAAUAUGGUCCCACAAUAACUUUCGUAAGUUUCAAGUAAAAAAAUAAAAAUAAAAAAAUAAGUAAAACAUCAUCAUGUAUCAUAAUUAUAUCCAACCUAAUCCUACCCACUAAUUUUCACUAUUAAUCCCACUAAUCCCUCCCAAAUUAAAACUCCUUAUAAUAAUAUUUUCCUAAUAAAUCCCAAAUUCUUAAUUUUUCCCUUAAAAUAAAAAUCAACCAAAAAUAGUCCUUAAAAAUCCCACCCUCCUCUUUAAAUACCCCCUUCCAAUCACCUUCUUCUCUCCCAAAUUUCAACUUUCUCUCUGAACAUUCAACUUUCUCUCUCUACUUUCUUCCUCUCUCAACAAUGGCAGAAACCAACAACAACAAUGGUGGACUCUCAAUCAAUGGCGCCGAUUCCAAAGGCUUAGUCGUCAGUUUCGGAGAGAUGUUGAUCGACUUUGUUCCGACAGUUUCCGGCGUUUCUCUCGCCGAAGCGCCGGGAUUCCUUAAAGCUCCCGGCGGCGCUCCGGCGAACGUUGCGAUCGCCGUCGCAAGGCUCGGCGGUAAAGCCGCCUUCGUCGGAAAACUCGGUGACGAUGAGUUUGGUCUCAUGCUCGCCGGAAUUCUCAAGAAAAACGGUGUUUCCGGCGAUGGUUUGACGUUCGAUCAAGGUGCGAGAACUGCUCUCGCUUUCGUUACACUGAAAGCCGACGGUGAAAGGGAAUUCAUGUUUUACCGGAAUCCAAGUGCCGAUAUGCUUCUUACUCCCGAUGAGCUUAACCUCGAUCUUAUUCGAUCGGCUAAGGUGUUUCACUAUGGUUCUAUUAGUUUGAUCGUCGAGCCAUGUAGGUCAGCCCAUUUGAAAGCAAUGGAGGAAGCCAAAAAGGCUGGAGCUUUGCUCUCAUACGAUCCCAACCUUAGGCUGCCAUUGUGGCCUUCCGCCAAGGAGGCUCGUGAGCAGAUCUUGAGCAUCUGGGACAAGGCCGAGGUGAUCAAGAUCAGUGACAACGAGCUUGAAUUCCUCACAGAAAGCAACACCGUCGAUGAUGCUACUGCAAUGUCAUUGUGGCACUCUAAUUUGAAGCUUCUCUUGGUCACUCUUGGUGACCAUGGUUGCAGAUACUACACCAAGAACUUCAAGGGAAGUGUGGAGGCAUUCAAGGUGACUGCUAUUGACACAACCGGUGCUGGUGACUCCUUUGUUGGUGCCUUAUUAGGCAAAAUCGUCGAUGAUCACUCUAUUAUUGAGGAUGAACCCCGAUUGAAGGAAGCUUUGAAAUUCGCCAACGCAUGUGGAGCCAUUACAACCACCAAGAAGGGUGCAAUCCCAGCUCUUCCUACAGAAGCCGAAGUUUUGGAGCUCAUCAAGAAGGCUUCUCAGUGAUUUCAUACUGUUAGGGUGGUUAAUUCAUUUGUGUGUUAGAUCUCUCUUGGUUUGCUUGGCUUUUUCGGGAUUUGAUUAGUGAAUUGAAGAGAAUUAGGAAGUGUUGGGGAAAAUUCAACUCUAAAAAUUUUCUCCACUGUGUAAUGAUAAACAAGUCUUUUACAUAAGUAUUAAUAAAUAAAUAUUUUGAAUUAUGC